CCUCCACAGGCUGGGCCAAGCCAGCAUGGUGGACCACUUGCUUCCAGUGGACGAGACCUUCUCGUCACCAAAAUGCCCAGUGGGGUAUCUGGGUGAUAGGCUGGCCAGCCGGCGGCCAUACCACAUGUUACCCUCUCCCAUCUCUGAGGAUGACAGCGAUGCCUCCAGUCCCUGCUCUUGUGCCAGCCCUGACUCGCAAGCCUUCUGUUCCUGCUACAGCGCAGGUCCAGGCCCUGAGGCCCAGGACAGCAUCUUGGAUUUCCUCCUGUCCCAGGCCACACUGGGCAGUGGAGGUGGCAGUGGAGGUGUCGGAGAUAGCAGUGGCCCUGUGACCUGGGGAUCGUGGAGGAGAGCCUCUGUGCCUGUGAAGGGGGAACAUUUCUGCUUCCCUGAAUUCCUGUCAGGGGACCCUGAUGAUGUCUCCAGGCCCUUCCAGCCUACCCUGGAAGAGAUUGAAGAAUUCUUGGAAGAGAACAUGGAGGCUGAGGUUAAGGAGACUCCAGAGAGCAGCAGCAGGGACUUGGAGGCCUGUGGCCAGCUCUCAGCUGGCUCACAUCGGAGCCACCUCCAUCCAGAGUCUGAUGAGAGAGAGCGCUGUACCCCACCACCAGGUGGCACCAGUGGGGGUGCCCAAAGUGCUGGUGAGGGGCCAGCACGUGAUGGCCCCAUGCCGGUGCUGCUGCAGAUCCAGCCUGUUGCUGUGAAGCAGGAAGCAGGUGCAGGGCCAGCCUCCCCAGGGCAGGCUCCAGAGAGCGUCAAGGUCACCCAGCUCCUGGUCAACAUCCAGGGGCAGACCUUUGCACUCCUGCCUCAAGUGGUACCAUCCUCCAACUUGAACCUGCCCUCCAAGUUUGUGCGCAUCGCGCCUGUGCCCAUUGCCGCCAAACCUAUUGGUUCGGGAUCCUUAGGGCCCGGCCCUGCUGGUCUCCUUGUGGGCCAGAAGUUCCCCAAGAACCCAGCAGCUGAACUUCUCAAAAUGCACAAAUGCACUUUCCCUGGCUGCAGCAAGAUGUACACCAAGAGCAGCCACCUCAAGGCCCACCUGCGCCGGCAUACAGGCGAGAAGCCCUUUGCCUGCACCUGGCCGGGCUGCGGCUGGAGGUUUUCCCGCUCAGAUGAGUUGUCACGGCACCGGCGAUCUCACUCGGGUGUGAAGCCGUACCAGUGUCCCGUGUGUGAGAAGAAGUUCGCUCGGAGUGACCACCUCUCCAAACACAUCAAGGUGCAUCGCUUCCCACGGAGCAGCCGUGCAGUACGCGCCAUCAACUGAGUGCAGUGGCCACCCUGUGCU